CCGGUGACGUCACGGUUGGAUCGGGAUCUUGGGAGAGCCGGAAGAGUCCCGGAGAGAGCGGAGGGUUUCCACAGACCUCAGAACCGGACCGCGUUACCGCAGCCAGCCGACUGGACCGAACCAUUCCCCCGGGAGACGCGCGCGAGUCGGGCUGAUCGAAGAUGUGGAAAGCCGCAGCGGGUCAGAACGUCAAGGUGGCCGUGGACGACGGCGGAGAUGACUGGGAGACCGACCCGGACUUCGAGAACGACGUCUCUGAGAAGGAGCAGCGCUGGGGGGCGAAGACGGUGGCCGGAUCAGGACACCAGGAGCACAUCGACAUCCACCAGCUGCGGGAGACCGUGUCCACGGAGCACACCAGCCUGAAGCAGAAGGAGCUGGACGACAUGCCCAAGGCCUCACACGGGUACGGAGGGAGGUUCGGCGUGCAGCAGGACCGCAUGGACAAGUCGGCGGUGGGUCACGACUACCAGAGCAAACUGUCCAAGCACUGCUCCCAGACCGACACGUCCAAAGGCUUCGGAGGGAAGUACGGCGUCCAGGCUGACCGCGUUGACAAGUCGGCCGUCGGCUUCGAGUACGCUGGCAAGACGGAGAAGCACGCUUCGCAGAAAGACUACACCACCGGGUUCGGGGGCCGGUACGGCGUGCAGGCGGACCGGGUGGACCAGAGCGCCGUGGGCUUCGACUAUCAGGGCAAGACGGAGAAACACGAGUCGCAGAAAGAUUAUGCCAAAGGCUUCGGAGGAAAGUUUGGCGUCGAGACGGACAAGGUGGACAAGAGCGCCGUGGGCUUCGAGUACCAGGGCAAGACGGAGCGGCACGAGUCUCAGAAAGACUACGUGAAGGGCUUCGGGGGGAAGUUCGGAGUGCAGACGGACAGGCAGGACAAGUCGGCUCUGGGAUGGGACCACCAGGAGAAGCUGCAGCUCCACGAGUCCCAGAAAGACUAUAAGCGUGGGUUUGGAGGGCGGUAUGGGGUAGAGGUGGAGAGGCAGGACCGGAGUGCGCUGGGCUAUGAGCACAAGGAGAGCCUGGCCAAGCACGAGUCCCAGAAAGAUUACUCCAAAGGUUUCGGAGGGAAGUUUGGCGUCCAGGACGACCGCAUGGACAAGAGCGCCGGAACGUUUGAGGACGUGGAGAGGCCCAAACCGUCCUACCAGAAGACCAAGCCCGUGGAAGCCGCGGGCAGCAGCACCGGCAGCAUCAAAGCCCGCUUCGAGAACAUCGCCAAGCAGAAGGAGGAGGAGGACCGGCGGAGGGCCGAGGAGGAGCGGGCGCGCCGACAGGCCAAGGAGCUGCAGGAGCAGGAGGAGGCGCGCCGGAAAGCGGAGAGGGCGCCGUCUCCCGUCUACGCUGCGAGCCCCAGUCCAACUCCCAGCCCCACUCCCCAAGCCCAACCCGAUGCCGAGUACCAGAACGCUCAGGAAGUCCUGCGUGAAGCUGCUGCUAAGCAGGAACCGGUGUAUGAGGAGACGGAGGACGCCGAUGGCGACUACGAACAGCCGGACCUUUACCAGAACCCCGAGGAGCCGGCAGCAGCAGAUGAGCCGGUGUACGAGGUGGGAGACGACCUCGGCGUGACGGCGGUGGCUCUCUACGACUACCAAGCAGCCGGCGAAGAUGAGAUCUCCUUCGACCCCGAUGACAUCAUCACCAACAUCGAGAUGAUCGAUGAGGGCUGGUGGCGCGGCGUCUGCAGAGGCGCCUACGGACUCUUCCCAGCCAACUACGUGGAGGUGCGGCAAUAACG